UCAUUUAUUCACUUCGCCCGCCUCUUCCGGCUUACUUCCGCCCACUCCACCCAGGCUAGUUCGGCGGAAACGCUGCUGCCUUUUACCGGGGUUCGGCGUCUCUGGAUCGAAUCCGGACACCGUCAAGAUGCCGGCUUACCACUCUUCUCUCAUGGACCCGGACACCAAGCUCAUCGGCAACAUGGCACUGUUGCCCAUCCGGAGCCAGUUCAAAGGACCCGCCCCUCGGGAGACGAAGGACACAGACAUUGUGGACGAAGCCAUCUAUUUCUUCAAGGCCAACGUCUUCUUCAAGAACUAUGAGAUUAAGAAUGAAGCGGACAGGACCUUGAUCUACAUCACACUCUACAUUUCUGAAUGUCUAAAGAAACUCCAGAAGUGCAACUCCAAGAGCCAAGGCGAGAAGGAAAUGUACACGCUAGGAAUCACCAACUUCCCCAUUCCCGGAGAGCCUGGCUUUCCUCUCAACGCCAUCUAUGCCAAGCCUGCGAGCAAACAGGAGGAUGAAAUGAUGCGGGCGUACCUACAGCAGCUGAGGCAAGAGACUGGACUGAGGCUUUGUGAGAAAGUUUUUGACCCUCAGAAUGACAAACCCAGCAAGUGGUGGACCUGCUUUGUGAAAAGGCAGUUCAUGAACAAGAGUCUUUCGGGGCCCGGGCAGUGAGAAGAGGCUGGGCCGCCGCCGCCUGCAGAGCCGUGGGCAGCAGCGUGUGGAGGUGUGCACAGUCCUUCGUGUCCGCCCUAAUGUGUCUUGAAGAGAAGAGAGAGCCUGUCUUUGCCGGAAAAGCUCUUGGUCAAGAAUUGGGAGGGUGGGUGUCGGGAUUUGAAUUUUUGGCAGUUUCAGGCUGGUACUUAAUAUGUAAUAAAUGUCACUGCUUAUGUUAGGCAUUGAAUUAAAACAUUUUUGAGAAAAAAUCUA